CCCCACAAAAUAUUUAAUGCUUUUACAAAAGUUGGCUCCAAAAAUUAAAAUUGCAAGUUUCUAACCCCACCAUAGUGCAAGAUGACUCAAAAGCUGUUAAUACGGUUGGUAUACGGUUAUAUACAGUAUUUACAUAUGACUAAAAUACCCCUCUUUGUUUGCCCAUAAAUAUCAGCCUCCAACAAUGCAAUUCUUCCCUUUUCCCCCGCUAAUCACUCAUCUCUCUAUUAGAAAAAAAUAAGCAAUUAUGUUGUCCACAGUACCGGCAAUUUCCUUCUUGGAACCGGGGACGGUUAAUCACUUUUCAGGUUUCCAAACCGGAUUCACUCCUUGGGAGGGGGACUGCUUUGAUCUCCUUUCCAUGAACCAUUUUUUUAUUGAACCGGCCGUUCCCAGCCCUUGUUAUGGUGAAUCCGACUCUGGUCUCGUUAGAACUAAUUCUGGUUUUGAUGAUAUUAAAACCGGUUCUGACGAAUCUUGUGCCGGUUUCACCAAACCCGGUUUUGACGACACCGUCAGUUCACAGGGCCUACUGUGCACUCAAGGAGACAAACUGGACCCGGAUGACCCAAAACAAUGGACAGCCAUCGCGAAUUUUGAACCGGGCGAGAAGAAGCAUAACCGGAAUAAGCUGAUUCAACCGGAGAUGACCGACGAGAGGAAAAGAAAGAGAAUGGAGUCAAACCGGGAAUCAGCGAGACGGUCAAGAAUGCGUAGACAGAGUCACAUUGAUAACUUAAGGAACCAGGUAAAUCAGCUCGAUCUGGAAAACCGUGAGCUCGGGAACCGGCUCCGGUUAGUUAUAUACCACCUUCAACAAGUGAACACGGACAAUAACCGGCUCGUGACGGAACAAGAGAUGCUCCGGUUAAGAUUCUCGGAGAUGAGGCGGAUUCUGAUUCUCAGACAACUUCAACAACAACAACAGUGGGAACUCAAUAACAGGAGAAUGAUCAUGUCUGAACAAAACCCAUCUACGAUCAUAUGAUUAAGUAAAUAAAAGAUUUGAAAAUCUUGAACACUAAGAUCAAAGAAAAAAAUAUCCCUCUAUGUAUAUGAAAGGUUAGGAAGAGAAAAUGAUAGUUUUCGAAUUUUCCUUUCUAUUUUGCAACUCUCUGAGAGAAGAAUGAAAAAACUUUU